AGUGCUCCCCUCUCCUGCCUCGUGUGAUCACAGCUACAAUCGACUGUUGUUUAGUGAGUGUGAGGGUUUCCAGAGCGAGAUGAAGAUCCUCUGCAGCAGAUCCAUGGUGCUCCUUUUGCUCCCCUUGUUCCUUUCAGUUUGCUCAGCUGCUCAGGGACGUUUCGCUCAGAAGCUGCUGAACGAUUUGUUCUCCAACUACACCAGCGCUCUGCGGCCGGUGGAGGACACCGACAACAUCAUCAACGUCACAUUGCAGAUCACGCUCUCCCAGAUCAUCGACAUGGAUGAACGCAACCAGAUCCUCACCACCUACCUGUGGAUUCGUCAGGUGUGGAUGGAUGCUUUCCUCAGCUGGAGGAAAGAGGACUAUGAUGGACUUGACACUAUCCGCAUACCCAGCAGCCUUGUCUGGAGGCCAGACAUUGUCCUGUAUAACAGUGCGAAUGAUGAGUUCUCCAGUUCCAUGGAGACCAACGUUGUGCUCCGUAACGACGGCCAGGUCAUGUGGGACCAGCCAGCCAUAACCAAGAGCUCCUGCUCUGUAGAUGUUGCCUUCUUUCCGUUUGAUGUUCAGCAGUGUCAUCUGACCUUCGGCUCCUGGACUCACAAUGGCAACCAGAUGGACCUGUUCAAUGCUUUGGACAGUGCAGAUCUGUCUGACUUUGUCCCCAACGUUGAGUGGGAGGUUCUGGGCAUGCCAGCCAAAAAGAACGUCAUUUUGUACGGCUGCUGCUCUGAUCCAUAUCCAGACAUCACCUUCACGCUCAACCUGAAGAGACGAGCCUCCUUCUACAUCUUUAACCUCCUCAUCCCCUGCAUGAUGAUUUCCUUCCUGGCUCCGCUGGGCUUCUACCUGCCGGCUGACUCAGGUGAAAAAGUAUCCCUCGGUGUGACGGUGCUGCUGGCUCUCACCGUCUUUCAGCUGCUGGUGGCAGAGAGCAUGCCGCCAUCUGAGAGCGUCCCGCUCAUCGGAAAGUACUACAUCGCUACCAUGACUAUGGUCACUGCAUCCACGGCUCUCACCAUUUUCAUCAUGAACAUACACCAUUGUGGUUCAGAGGCCCGGCCUGUCCCCCAGUGGGCUCAGCGCUUCGUACUCAACUUCCUGGCUCGGAUCUGCUUCCUCCGUGAGGCUGGAGACAGCUGCCUGUCCCGGGCCUCGUCCCUGAAGCAGCCUUUGUCUCAGCAAGAGUCUGAUGCUCCGUCAGCUGGUGCUGGAACCACAGGAACCAACUGGGACAGAAAUGGACAGGUGUGGAGAGGGAAGGUGGAAGAGGACAACACAGGGGUGUCCCUGAGCACAGAGCAGGACUUAACCAAGCAGGUGAUCUGGAAGGAAGAUCUGUUUGUGACCAUUGACCACUCUGCAGAGCGAGGAGCUGCUGGAGGCCAUAAGGAAGGGGAGAAGUCAAACAGUAUGAGUGCGGGAGGAGUUGCCGCAGGAGAACAUGCAGAGGAAAAGAGCGAUGUUGAAGGUGGAGCUCAGCAGAACCGGAGAGAGAUUCUGGUGAGAACCCAGUGCGUGUGCCAGCACCAGCGGCUCCGCAGCAACGUGGAAUUCAUUGCCAGCUCGUACCAGGACCAGCGGGUUGCUCAGCUGCGCAUCACAGAGUGGAGAAAGGUUGCCAAGGUGAUGGAUCGCUUCUUCAUGUGGCUCUUCUUCAUCUUGUUCUUCUUUAUGAGCGUCCUCAUCCUGGGAAAAGCCAUUUGAGGUAGCUGAGCAGGACUUCUUCUCUGGUUUGACCUUCACCUUUAGUCCUCUCACCUUUGCUGUGUAGUUGCUCCAGAGCCACUUCGUGUGAACACAAUGGUGAAGUCACAGUGGGCUGAAACUAACAGCCCCAGAUGUUUGCAUGCACACGUCUAAAUAAAGGUUGGGGUGUUGAUUUUGGUUCAUUCUGGUGUCAGAUUCACUCAUUUGCACAAAUGCUAACAUUGUAAUUCAACUUUGUAACUUUUAUUUUUUUACUUUUAGAAAGACUUUUAACGUUUUCCUUUUUAAAAGACUAAUCUUGAUUUUGAAAAAUGUAAAACCAUGAUCGGAUCUAAAUUACCGGUAAUCAAAGUCUAGAUCCAAACUUUAUCAUUUCAUCGAAUGCAGGGUUGGGCUUCACUGCAGGUGAAAUCUGACUUUUCUCUCCAUUUUGGAAGAAACUGUAAGUUUCAGCAAAAAGUUACUACUUAGUACUGAAUUUAUUCUGAUCAAAGCCACAAAUUACACCUAUGAUCAUGCCGACAAUAAGUGAUUCUCACUAAUUAUUUCAAACCUCUGCAUGCAAAAGAAAGAAGAAGAAAAAAGUGGAGAAACAACAUUUUUAAAGAAGGAAAACACUGAGAGACAGAUGAAGAGAAAAUAAUAAAAAGCAGCGCCUGAAUUUUCUUACUUCAAAGGUUUUUUGUUCAAAUUAAAGAAAUUUGACUGAAAAACAAAAAAGAAAACCUGUUUUUUGCAGCUUGUUGUUAGAAAUCAGAUGAGAUGAGUCUUCUUCAUGAUCCAUGUGUGACAUCUUUAUAGUGAAGAAUAAAAAACCAACCUGUGGA